UUUUGCCCUUCAAAAUCAAAUAAAGAAGACGUGCUAACCUUGUUGCCUGUUGCUUCUGUCUCUAGUUCUUCAAACAACAAAAGCAAAUCCCGCUCUUUCUCUCUUUUCCUGUUGUACUACUGCAAGUUUCUGCUUUUAUGCAGCAGCUCUCAAGCUGUAGACGCCUGUUGAUGUUUAGUAAAAAAAUUUUACACCAAACUAUAUCAUUCACCGUCAAUCAUUUAGGCCUGUUUAUGUCCUAUUAGGCCUGAUUUAACUGCUGGUGACUUUUUAAGGUUAAAUGGGAAUUGGGUCUCGGCUUACAUGUUCAGCUUCACAACGAGUGGAAAGACAAGAACAAGCUUUUAUAAGAGGAGCAGCUGCAAUGCCCAUGUCUCGAGAGGCAUCUAAUUACGAUGAGGUUUCUAUGCAGCAGAGCUUGUUGUUCUCUGAUAGUCUCAAGGAUUUGAAAAAUCUGAGAACACAGCUCUACUCAGCAGCUGAGUAUUUUGAGUUAUCCUACACCAAUGAUGACCAAAAGCAGAUAGUGGUAGAAACAUUGAAAGAUUAUGCCAUCAAAGCUCUUGUGAACACUGUAGAUCAUUUGGGUUCUGUGACAUACAAGGUUAAUGAUCUUUUGGAUGAAAAGGUUGAUGAGGUUUCUGGAACAGAGCUCCGGGUAUCUUGCAUUGAACAGAGACUACGGACAUGCCAAGAGUAUAUUGAUCACGAAGGAAUUUCCCAACAGUCGCUGGUGAUUAAUACACCAAAGUACCAUAAACGGUACAUCUUGCCAGUUGGGGAGACCAUGCAUGGUGCAAACCUUACAAAGUCAAAAUACCUAGGAUGCAGCCUAGACGAUGAAGAUGACUGGCAUCAGUUUAGGAAUGCUGUACGAGCUACAAUUAGAGAAAGCCCAACAUCUUCUGUCAGGCAAACCCCAACAUCUUCAGUCAGAAAAGGGUAUUCUCCCUCACCUUCACCACGGCCUCCACAGCGAUCUGCCACCUUUUCCUUUAUUGCCACUAUGCCCAAGAAAGAACUAGAGAAGCGAACUGUAUCACCACAUCGGUUUCCACUUUUACGUUCUGGAUCUGUUAGCACUAGCAGGCCUACAACCCCAAAUAAGAGCAGGCCGACUACUCCAAAUUCAGCUGGUGCAAGGCAGCGGUAUCCGUCAGAGCCUCGGAAAUCAGCUUCAAUGCGUUUACAAUCUGAGAAAGACAGCCCCAAAGAGAUUGAACGGUAUCCAAGCAAAAGUAAAAGACUCCUCAAAGCAUUGCUUAGUCGUCGCAAAUCGAAGAAAGAUGAGAUGCUAUAUACUUAUUUGGAUGAGUACUGAGAAAAGAAAAUUGAUAAAAGAGAGGGCCAACAAAUGGCCACUGAUAAGAGGCAAAGAAAAAAUGGGGGAGUCAAGAAAGGAAACACUCUGGACUUGCACUCCUUUAUUGUUAUUAUUAUUAUUAUUACUAUUUUUGUCGGUUACCUUUUUUCCUUGGCUAUUUUUUCUUUCUAUAAAAACAAAUUCCAGUGUAAGAUAUAAUUGUGUAUUAGGAUUACUAUCAUAUUUUCAGCACGCGAGCUUUUUAUACUUUGCUAUGGUGUGUUUCACAGUUUGCCUGCAACGAUGUAUAUCAUUGUUGACAUUGUAUGCGAUACUGAUCGCACUCUUUUUGAAGUUUGUAUCUCCGAUUGAAUUAAUUUUUACCAUUUGAAGUUCCAUCUAACAAUAGUUUCAAUUAUUUCAUCAUGUCCUAUAUAUUGUAACCUUCUAUUCUCUUCAUAAAUAAUUAAGAAAAUUUUUUAAAAAAUUAUGUAACAUCGGAGGUCGAAUCCCACAAUCUUCACUUCCACUUCCUCUUCCUUCUCAAUGGAUAAAAAAAUUAUCAAAGCAUGGAUUAAAAAAAAAAAUUUGAUAAAGAAUUGAGAGAAUCGAUAGGGUUUAUGGCUUAUGUCAAAGAAGGAAGAAAGGAGAUUAGCAGUUGAUGCAGACAGCUGAAGGCCCAUUUGGUUGAUCUUACAGCCCACUUCUUUUGGCAAUACUACCCUAAGUAGUAAUUCUUCUUUUUUUUUGGGCCCGAGGCUAAGAAUUUGAAUAAAAAAAGGGUGGUCCAAGCAUGUUAUGAUAUUCCAGGUAUAAGGUAUAUAUUUUCGCAUAUUAUUAGAAUCUAUCUUCCUUUCCUCUAUUUUCUGUCCCCUUUCCCUCAUAUUGGCUUUGAAGCAGGAAAGCUCGUGCUCGCAUCAAUGUUUUAGCAAACCGGAAACAACUUCCAGGCCCCUUCUCUUUCUUUCCCUCAUAUUUUUCUUUUAUAAUCUUGUUCUAUAUUCAGUGAGUGUUACCGUCUUCAAACUGCUCCUCUCGGGAAACUGUUUUAACUAUUUCCUGUUGCAUGGCUCAAUAGAGGUAAAUAUAUGCUACAGUUGGAUCUUAUAUCUAAGUAGUCAAUGACCAGGAAGCAAAAAUCAAUCUUUGCCUGAAAUUAUUACUAGCUAUUGUGAAUCCUCUAUUUGAUUUGGAGCUACGAAUUAGCUGGUUUAUAUCAAGAUAAAGAUGCCCAGAUCGAGUUGAUCUAAAUAAGCAUAUAAACCUGUGUUUUGCGGCACCCAACAAUCCAUUUUGCUUUCUAGUUAUUUAGUUGCACUAUAAAACACUGUAUCUAGAGAAGCAGGUAAAUUUAUCAGUGGACGGACGCACUUGUCAUAUGCAAUCUCACUUACUGGUUUAGGAAACAAAUGUGUUACCUUUUAUGGUCAUAUUUAUGUACUACACCUUAGCUUCAUG